UCGGCUUUGAGGACGCAAAGACCGGCUCAGCAACUUCUCUAGGCCUGAUCGCAUUUUCUUUAGUAUCUCUGGCCGUGUCUUUCCUGUUCUUUUCUCGUCACUCGUUUCGUUCUCGUUGAUCAAAGCCACCUUCGCCCAUCUGUUAUACGAGCUUCCGCAGCAGGCAACAUCAUCCUUCUAAUUGUGAACCUCCUUCUCAGCCAGGGGUCUCCUGCCCGACAGAAGAGUGAGAGAUUCAUCAUGUCUUCGGGACCGAAAUAUAUGCGAUACUUGCUCUUUGCUGUGGUGGUUCGUCGUCCUUGGAAUUUCCCCCUAUGCCCUCUCGCAGUGUCACUGACGCAGUACCAGGGGUUGGCAGUAUUCUUCUUAAUCUCUCGCAGUUCAAUUCCCAUCCCCGAAAAUAUCGGAUCGAAGUUGAGUCCUGCGAAUUACAAAGAUACCAUCUCACAAUCUGACAAAGCGCACAAUGACGCGCCACCAAAACCGCCGGUGAAGGAGACACCGGGAAGCGCGAAUACUGCGCCAGUUGGCCGAGUAAAUGCGACAUUCGUCACGCUGGCUCGCAACUCCGAUGUCUGGGAUAUUGCGAAAUCGAUCCGACAGGUCGAGGAUCGCUUCAACCGUAACUACCAUUAUGACUGGGUCUUUCUCAACGACAAGCCAUUUGACGACACUUUUAAGAAGGUCACCACAUCCCUGGUGUCUGGAAACACAUUCUAUGGUGAAAUUCCAAAAGAGCACUGGUCGUACCCCGAUUGGAUCGAUCAAGAAAAGGCCAAGAAGGUUCGAGAGGAAAUGGGACAGAAGAAGAUCAUCUAUGGUGACUCCGAGAGCUACCGCCACAUGUGCCGCUACGAGUCCGGUUUCUUCUUCCGCCAUCCACUGAUGCUGAACUACGAGUACUACUGGCGCGUGGAACCCAGCAUUGAGCUUUACUGCGAUGUCAGCUUCGACCCAUUCAAGUUUAUGAAGGAACAGAACAAGAAGUACAGUUUCGUCCUUAGUUUGUAUGAAUAUUACGACACCAUUCCCAGCCUAUGGGAUAGCGUUAAGAAGUUCAUGGGCAAUCACCCCGAGCACAUUGCAGAGGGAAAUGCGAUGGGUUUCUUGAGUGAUGAUGGAGGAAAGACAUACAACAAAUGUCACUUUUGGUCCAACUUUGAGAUUGGAAGCUUAGAGUGGCUGAGAUCGAAGCAGUAUCUUGACUAUUUCGAUGCUCUUGACCACGACGGCGGCUUCUUCUAUGAGCGAUGGGGAGACGCGCCAGUUCAUUCCAUUGCGGCCGGCAUCAUGCUCAAGAAGGAAGAGAUUCACUUUUUCAACGAGAUUGCAUACUACCACAUUCCAUUCACACAUUGCCCAACCAGUGAGCAGAUGAGGCUGGACCUGAAAUGCCACUGCAACCCUAGUGAGAAUUUCGAUUGGAAGGGUUAUUCCUGUAAGUUCACUUGCCGCCUUCUGGAGACGUGCAUUAACCUCAAUAUGUUCAGGCACAUCCCGGUGGUUCCAGAUCAAUGAUAUGGAGAAGCCAGAGGGCGCUGAAGAGCAGAGUUGACUAGCCGUGCUGGGUAAAGUUUGCCUGGUCUUCAUUAUGGUGAGUUCUAUUGUUGGGCUGCUCUUCCUUUUCCGAGUGCGCAUCGUCCAUACCGCGUAUCAUCUAUUCAAAUUCGUCUGUGAUUCGAUACCGUCGUCUUAAUGAUGAGUACCUAUCACUUGGUGCUUGUCUGUCCUUAGAGG